AUGAGUGAUUCUGACGAUACAUAUGAUUCCUUUGAUGAGAGAGAUGCGCUGUGUAGUUUUUUACCUCAAGGAGAUCCAAUUGUUGGUCUUCGACAAAGAAACCGAAGGAAAUUUUGGGAAGAAUGUGAUUCUCUCGCAGCUGAAAUACCUGGCUUAAAAGAAGUAAAGGAAAUCCUAGAAGAAGAUGUCAUCAGUGAGCUUGAGGAAGAGGAGAGGGCUGGAUGUCCGCUACCGAGCACUCCCGAAGAUCCCGCUUUGUUUGAACAGGAGGUUAAAGAGGUACUGAAAGUAGGCCUGCGGGAUCUUGACCUGGGGACUUUGAUGAACUGUGCUCGGGAGCCAGCCGAGGAAUUAGUGAGGAAAGUUUGGGAAUCGUGGAGCGUCUGUCAUUUCCACCAUCUUCCACGUUGGCUACAGGACAACGACUACUUACAUCAUGGCCAUCGGCCUCCACUUCCUUCAUUUAUGCAAUGUAUCAAAUCAAUAUUUAGGAUUCAUACUGAAACAGGAAACAUUUGGACUCAUCUGUUGGGUUGCAUUGCGUUCAUAGCUGUCAUGGUGGUGUUUGUUUCAAGAUCUUCCGAGGUGGUGCCUAUAUCGCACAAAAUAGCCCUAACGCCAUUCUUUCUUGGGGUUAUCUUGUGCCUCGGGUUAUCUGCUGCGUUUCAUGCAUUUUCCUGUCAUUCGGAAUUUGUUGGAAAAAUUUUUAGCAAGCUGGAUUAUUGUGGAAUUACCAUUUUGAUAACUGGAUCUUUCGUUCCAUGGCUCUAUUAUGGCUUCUAUUGUCAGAUCCAGCCGAUGAUUAUUUACUUGACGAUAGUUGUUGUGCUUGGAAUAAUGGCGAUGAUUGUAUCUCUAUGGGACAAAUUCAGUGAAUCUCGUUUUCGUCCUUUGAGAGCAGCUGUUUUUACAACUUUUGGCCUGAGUGGUGUCAUACCAGCAAUUCAUUAUACCAUCUUGGAAGGGUGGUUAAAUGCAGUAUACUUUGCAUCUCUCGGCUGGCUGAUCUUGAUGGGUGUACUGUACAUCUUAGGCGCUCUCAUCUACACUUUCAGAAUACCUGAGUGUCUCUUCCCGGGAAAGUUCGAUAUAUGGUUUCAAAGCCACCAGAUAUUUCAUGUUCUGGUGAUAGCAGCUGCAUUUGUUCACCUCCAUGGGAUCACAGAAAUGUUCACUUAUCGCAUGUCAAUCGGCGCGUGCGCUGUACAGAGCGCAACAUUCAUCACGUGA